UUUUUUAAUUAGUCUCCUCCUAAUUAUACUUUCGAAUACUUAGGGUUUUAGGAGUAUAUCUACGUUUUUAAUCUUGAAUGCUUUAUCCGCUAAAAAAUACUACAAUCUUGAAACCUUUUAGCAAUUUCUGCUUGAUUCCAAGAUGAAACGUUUUAGUUUCUGUAAUAAGUAAACUAUUAUAAUGCUUCGUGAUGUUAAUCGAUUGAUUUAAAUCAUCAUUAUGCCCUCGUCAUUUUCAAUAAAAGUGAUAUACGAGGGUCGAGGGAUAUAAAGAAGGUUUUUGCUUUGCUCAUGGCUUCUUUGGCAAAUAUUCAGGAAGUUUUUCUGGAAUUUCGUGCUGGGAAAAUGCUUAUGGAUGGAAUUCGUGUGCUGCCUGAUUCUCGUAAAGGGCUUGUUCGUAUUGGGAGGGGAGAAGAAGGACUGGUGCAUUUCCAAUGGCUUGACAGAUCCCUAAACAUAGUAGAGGAUGACCAAAUUGUUUUUCCUGAUGAGGCAGGAUUUGAGAAGGUUAAUCAAUCUUCUGGAAGAGUAUACAUCCUGAAGUUUCGUACAGAUGACAGAAAGUUCUUCUUUUGGAUGCAGGAGCCCAAAGCCGAGAAUGAUACACAGUUAUGCAACUCUGUCAAUUUCUACCUGAAUCAACCUUUAGAAUUACCUGUUGAGGGUGAACCUGAUGCUUCUGUCCCUGUGCAAAGCUCAGAAGUUAUUCUUGAAGAUGAUAUCUCAUCUAGGGCUGGAGAUUUGGUUGGUCCCAGCAUGGGUGCCGAAGUAAGUAGUGAUGUAACAUCUGCAGGACCUGUAAAACUGGCAGAUCUGCAACGAAUACUUAGCAACAUAGGAUCAUCAGAUGUAUCAGAAGACCCGGAUGCAGGCUUGGGAUUAGGUGAUAUUUUAAAGCCGGAAUUUUUAUUGCCGCAUAUUGAAGAGCUACAUUUAGAUCAAGAAUUGACUUCAUAUUUACCCGAGUUACAGGGAAAAUGGACCCCGGAGGAGUUACUAGAAUUGCUACAGAGCCCCCCAUUCCGCCAACAACUAGAUUCAUUUACUUAUGUGCUGCGCACGGGACAGGUGGAUCUAACCCAGUUUGGUAUAGAUCCCAGUAAAUACAAGUUCACUGUUCCGUCAUUUCUUGAGGCCCUAGAAGAUUCGGUUGCUAGAAAAAGUGAAUCCGAAGGCGGCGGUGAUUUGAGAUCUCAGACUUGUCAAGGAAGCGAUGUGAUGGAUGAAGGUCAGUAGUGUUGUGAGUAAUACAUUGGUUACAGCUGCUGCUGCCGCCUCAUUGUUUCUUUCGAUAUCGUUGCUGAUUAAGUCCAUGCUUCAUCUUGCUUUGCGACAUGCCUAAUCCCGCCUUUGAAGAUAUUAGUUUCUCAACAGAAUGUCAAUUAAAUUUCAUACUCUGCUAUGUAUUUGAAGAUAUUUGCAUGCUUAAUUGCUCAUAUAUAUACAUAUGAUUCAACUGAAAGCAAAAA